AUGGAGUCUCCGAAACGAAACCGUUUUAAUGUAAGUGAGAAGAGAGAACUGAUCCACGCAUUGUCGAAGCAGCCAGAAGAAGCUUCGGAGCUUUUAAACUCGUGGAGCCGAAAUGAGAUAAUGAAGAUCAUAUGUGCAGAGAUGGGGAAAGAGAGGAAGUACACUGGUCUGUCCAAACCGAAACUCAUUGAAAACCUACUCAAUCUCGUGUCUCGUCCUCUCGGAGAGACGUCUUGUUCUGACCGACGAAACUCCAAGAGGAAACAGAAGACGACCAGUUACGUCAUUUGCUGCGAGAAUCUGGCUUGUAGAGCUGCCCUCGGAACGGGAGACACCUUCUGCAAAAGAUGUUCUUGCUCCAUUUGUCAAAAGUUUGAUGAUAACAAGGAUCCGAGCCUAUGGCUGGCUUGUGAGGCUUGUGGGCUGUGUUGUCAUUUGGAAUGUGGUUUGAAGCAAGAGAGUUUUGGGAUUGGGAGUGAUGAUAAUGAUGAAGCAGGAACGUGUCUUGAUGGUAGGUUCAAUUGCAUGUUUUGCGGCAAAGAUAAUGAUUUGCUCGGAUGUUGGAGGAAACAAGUGAAGGUGGCGAAAGAGACUAGGCGUGUGGAUGUACUUUGUUACCGUCUUUCUUUAGCGCAGAAGCUGUUGAAAGGAACGAGGAAGUAUCGGAAUCUGUUGGAACUCAUGGAUGAGGCGGUGAGGAAGCUGGAAGGUGAUGUGGGUCCGUUAUCGGGUUGGGCGAUGAAGAUGGCUCGAGGUAUCGUAAACAGAUUAUCUUCAGGAUCACAAGUUCAGAAGCUUUGUUCUCUGGCAAUUGAAGCUCUGGACAAACUGGUUCCAUCAUCAUCGGAGUCUGGUUCAGGACAAGGUGACAAGAAGAGCGUGAGAGUAGAAGGCAUUCAAGCAAGAACGGUCACUGUGAGAUUAGACUCCGAGGAGUUGUCUUCUUCGGAAAACAGCAUCAUAGGUUUCAGAUUGUUUUGUCGAAGGAAGAAGGACGGAGGAGAGUGCUCGUCUCAGGUGAAUCGUGUUGUUUAUCUACCGGAGACGAGUUCUACCAUACAAGGACUCGAAGCGGAGACCGAGUUCUGUCUCAGAGUCGUGGCCUUUAACGAGGAGAGUGACUUAGAGGAGUCUGAGCUUUGUUUCUCAACGUUGAAGGAUGAUGGAGAUGAAGCUCGGAACCGGCAAAGCCUUUUGACAAACUCUAGCAGUACUCCAUCUUUGCCCGAAGAAGAUGAAUCUAACAACGUCCGUAAAAGCUGCUGCAAGGCAAAUGGUGACGACAAGGACAACACUGAACACUGUAGUGUAGGGGAAGUAGAAUCUGAGCUUGAAGACGAGAGGCUCGUGAAAAGGAAAGUCAACAGUGACGUGGUUGCAACGCCCUGCAAGAGAGAUACUUUCAAGGGAAAGCAAGGAGGGAGCAAAAGAUCCACCAAAUCAAGAACAGAGAAACCUGAUAUGAUUGCAGCAAAUGGAGGAGUGGUGGACAAAGACUUGGGUCGUAUCGUGAAGACGAUUAGGUGUUUGGAGGAAGGUGGUCAUAUAGACAAGAGUUUUAGGGAAAGGUUUUUGACAUGGUACAGCUUGAGAGCUACUCACCGAGAAGUUAGAGUUGUGAAGCUCUUUGUUGAGACGUUUAUAGAGGAUCUGUCCUCUUUGGGACAACAGCUCGUGGAUACAUUCUCAGAAUGCAUACUGAGCAAGAGAACAUCAACGACUGGUGUUGGACCUGGUGGAAUCUGCCUCAAGCUCUGGCAUUAA